CCCUAACCCUUAAAGUUUCCUCUCUCUCUAUCUCGCCAUCUUAGUUAAUAGUUCUUACUGGAAGCCUGAAAACCACGGAACAUCGCUAGUAUCAUCAAGAGCCAAAAUGGUGAAGAAGAGCAAAAAGAGUAAGAGUAAGAGAGUGCCGCUGAAGAAGAAGUACAAGAUCCUGAGGAAGGUGAAAGAACACCACAAAAAGAAGGCAAAGGAGGCUAAGAAGCUUCGUUUUACGAAUAAGAAAAAGGUCGAGAAGGACCCGGGUAUUCCAAACGACUGGCCCUUCAAGGAGCAAGAGCUCAAGGCCCUUGAAGCCCGCCGGGCUCGUGCGCUGGAAGAAUUGGAACAAAAGAAGGCUGCCCGCAAAGAGCGGGCUCAAAAGAGAAAGCUUGGGUUGCUUGAAGAAGAGCAAAAUGUGGAGGAAAAUGUUGAGGAUUUCUCUGCAAUGAUGAAUUUCAGCGAUUUUUUUUAUCAUGAUCUUAGGCCAUUAUGUUUGGAUGAACAUUGUGCAAGUGCACUGAGGUUUCUAAAGCCAGAUAUUGAGGAUGUCUAGAUAUAUGCUUCAGACUUCCAAUUAAAUGUUAUUGAAUUUGUGUAUUCAGAUCUUGUACCUAGGGAAGCUGUGGAGAAGUGGCUCAAGUAUCUUAGGGAGGAAUUGCCAGCAGUUGCCUUCAAAUGCAGCACCCAAGAGCAGAGAUCGAACUUAGGUUGGAAAUCCUCCAAGGCAGCAAAACCAAGCUCUCUUUUGCAAACAAGUGAUUGCCUUGGGGCCGAAACUCUGAUUAAAUUGCUGAAAAAUUACUCAAGAAGUCAUGAGAUCAAAAAGUCUAUUACAGUUGGUGUUAUUGGCCUACCAAAUGUUGGGAAGAGUAGUCUCAUAAACAGCCUGAAGAGAUGCCAUGUUGUGAACGUUGGUGCUACUCCAGGAUUAACGAGAUCAAUGCAAGAAGUUCAGCUAGACAGGAAUGUUAAAUUAUUGGACUGCCCUGGUGUUGUAAUGCUCAAGUCUGGAGGAAAUGAUGCUUCCAUAGCCCUUCGAAAUUGCAAAAGAAUUGAGAAGUUAGAUGAUCCAGUUAGUCCAGUGAAGGAAAUUCUCAAGCUCUGUCCAGACAGAUUGCUGGUGACAUUAUACAAAAUUCCCACGUUUAGUUCAGUUGAUGACUUCCUUCAGAAGGUGGCUACAGUUAGGGGGAAGCUAAAAAAGGGUGGUAUUGUUGAUGUGGAAGCCGCUGCAAGGAUCAUUUUGCAUGAUUGGAAUGAGGGUAAAAUUCCAUACUUCACAAUGCCCCCAACAAGAGAUCAAGAAGGGCAUUCAGAGGCAAAGAUUGUUUCUGAACUUGGAAAGGAGUUCAACAUUGAUGAAGUGUACAGCAGUGAGUCAUCCUUCAUUGGUAGUCUGAAGACAGUUGAUGAUUUCCGAACUGUUGAAGUCCCUCCUAGUUGUCCUCUCAAUUUUGACGAGGCAAUGUUAGAGGAAGAUUCUCAACCGCAGCCAUUGAGUCAAGGAGAUGAAAAUCCAGCCUAUAUGUCUGAUGAUGGGGAUAAUCAGACUAUGGAUGGUGAUGAAGAUGACACAGGAAAGGCUAGGGAAAAAUCUGUGACCAGCAGGCAAAAUGAGAAAUUAUAUUCAGCAGAAGGGAUAUAUAAUGCUAAGAUGAAAAGGGCUGAGAAAAAGAGGAGGAAAAAAAUUAAUAAAUCAACAAUUUCAGACGAUCAAAUGGAUGGUGAUUAUGAUUUCAAGGUGGAUUACAUCAAGAACAAAGGUUCUGGCAUGGAUGUUGAAGAUGAAAAUGCAGAUGAUAAAAUUAUUGGAAAGGUGCCAAUGGCUGGACUUUUGCCUGAGGAGUGAUGAGAAAUUGAGGAUCAAAUGGUCGGCUGCACAUUUUUGUAGCAACUCUAGAUGAUGAUAAAAUUGUAUUCAAAUAUGAAUCUUGCAUAAUGUAGAAAACCUCGGUUAGAAGCUUGAUCAGAUUGAGUUUUAUUAUAAUGCAUUUUUGGCGCAUUAUCAUCUGAUUUAAUUAGUGAAUCAAGUUAUCCCCACA